ACAUGACCAGUUAAUCUCUGUGUAUUUCCGCGUUCACGACAGUGGAGCGGUUAUCAAUGACUCUCCAUGGAGCUGUGCAGCCUCUCAGCUAAAGCAUCUUUGCUGUUUUUGUUGUUCCCCCUCUGGCCGCGCCUGUCUUCUCCAUCCUCAAUGAAUGAAGCUGUGAUCAUUUGAGGUCUCCUCCUCCUCUUCCUCCUCCGCCUCUUGUCUCCAUCGAGCCUGUCUUCGACCAGCGCGGCCGACCUGGGGGGGAAUCCGGGAAAAGGCAGCCGCGGCGCCGCGCACCGGCCGACGGACAACCCGCCGCGGCGCGCCAACAACAUGCUCACCCGGGUCAAGUCCGCCGUAGCCGGGUUCAUGGGCGGAAUCAUGACCGGGGGCGGUUCGGGCGGAGGGGGCAGCAAUGGUUCCGAACUGCCACUGAAAUUUCCCUACAUGAGACCGCAGUUUCUUGGAUUGUCCGCGGAUGAAAUUGAGUGCUCCGCGGACCAUAUAGCCCGGCCCAUCCUCAUCCUGAAGGAAACCAGGAGAUUACCGUGGGCCACCGGAUACGCUGAGUAAGUAACCCGACCUCAGCAGGGUUUCAAAGCCGCUCUUGUUGUGUUUUUUUAAUGUCAGCACAGUGGCAUUUAACGCAAAGCUCCUGCGCUCAGGCCUCAGUGCGCGCAGGUGCACGGAACAAAUGACCACAUUAAACACCUUAAGGUCCGGAGAAAUGAAAAGCACUAAAGCUAAAGCUGCACCUGUUGUGACCUGGACUUCAUUCAGCCCCAGUAUCCUCGCGCACUCACACUUAGACGGCUUUGUGUCUAAUUAAAUCGCGUGCAGUUAGAAAUGGAUGACAGCAUUCAUCUGAAGGAUCACAGCACUCAGAGCACAAGCUGUUAUUCACGUGCAAGAGGAUGAUGUAGGCUAACUUCGACCAGCAGCAGCAUCUGCGUAUUAGUCCCCACUCUGUGCUAUGUGUCUGUGGAUAGGAGUGUCUCAGCGUGGGGAUUGCACAUUAAAGCCCAGAGUGCAGUAAACAAGUCCAGAAAGAUGCAAACUCAUGUUGUUACUCAAGACCUCUGAUAAGAAAAAGUCACAUUUGCCAUUGCUGUCCAUUAGAGCAUCAACAUGAGUGGAUAACAGUCUGUGCAGAUCUGAAUGUUCCCAAGACAAACACAGGCUGAUCUUCAUAUAGUGAUAUUAUACUUCUGAAGGGUAACCUAUUAACACAUGCAGCUCUGUUUGAUCCAACUCACAUGGUAACUCUUAUGUAAUGUCACUUAUUUGUAUUAAAACCUGCUUUGUUAAGAGUGUAAUAUAAAAUAGAUUAGUGGUGGAGGUGCAGAAGUCGAGUCCCCAGGUAGAUUUUAGAUGCAAUUAGCUUUUUUAUUUUUCAGUGAUGUGGCUGUGCAUCACUGUCGUCACAUUUUUUUUGUGAGUUUCUUUUUUGUUUGUUUGUUUUUUUGGGGGAGGGCAAUGCUUCUUUGAAAGUUAAAAUGAGUACGUGUGUAACUCACAUUUAAAGGGAUAUAACGGCGCAAAAUUAAUUUAGGGUCAAACACGUCGCAUCACCGAGUUAGAAACCCCCUCGAGAGAUGAAUGUUGCUGACCGCAGAUAGCAAUACACAGUGGUCUGAGGAGCCAUAAACAAACCUCAACAAAAGCGCCACUCUAUAACCACAAAUAAUGCUCAGAACAGCACCUAACUUCAUCAACAGUACAUAUAGGGUCCCAGCCAUAGCACUAGCCACCAAAUAUCUUUUUAACUUUGCCUGAUUUCUUUAGCAAAGAGACUAAACACAACUCACCUAUUCUCUUCCAGCAGCUGCUUGUUUGUAGCAAGACCUCAGGCCAGUCCAUUACAGACUGCUGCGGGGUGACGCAGCUCCAGGAAGAACAUUUAUGAUCAUUUCUUCGUGGAAAUGCAAUCAGACCAAGACACUAAGGUGGAAGAACUACCGUGUCUGCAGUGCAAAAUUAUUAAUAUGGUGAUUAUUACGUAAAGGAAAUGAUAAAGAAAUGAUUAUAAAUAUUCUUCCUUGAGCUGCAUCUGAAGUGGUUAUCAAGAAACAAAUAUGGAGGUUAUUACUAAUACGGUGAAUAUACAAAUUGACUUGUAGUUUGCAGUGUAGAUAAUGGGAUAGUAUGACUGGUACAAAUGAGUUCUUCCUGAGUGUCUGUGGUGCAUCAUCCUUUAGGGUCUAGUGGAAAAACAUCAAUACCUAAAGAUAAACAUACUAGUAAUGACUUCCUUAACACGCCAUUGGAGCAAAUGUGUGUGCUGUAUACUCAAUAUACAUUCUCCAUAACAUGCAUUAGGUUGUAUUGGAUGAAUCACUAAAAUCAUUACCCAAACAGCAAUUAGUUAAAACACUCUUCAUCUUUCCCCCUAAAUCUAACCUACCAUAGAUCACACCCAACCAGAUCUGUGAAAAAAGAUAACUGUUUCAACGUGUAACUCAAAUUCAAUGACUUAAAUGACUUGUAGGUAACUGAAUGAAAUUCGUAUUGAUCCCUUUUGAUGAACAAAACCAUCAGGAAGAAAAUAUGAACCACUUAAUAGGGUGAAUAUUUAUUAACUAUGAAUAGAAAAAAAUACGCCCAGAAAUAAAUCUCUACCCAGAUAGUGGGGUCUGUUCUGUGGUUUUAAAGAAGUGGAUUAGACACAGGUGUUAGAUUAGACUAUUUGAUCAUCAUUUUCUCCCAAAGCCCAUCUAAUAAAAUCUGGCCAAGAAGACCUACUGUGCUAAAACCUUGUUAAGCUCUGACUUUUCUCCUUUUGCUCUCAUAAUGGUUGUUUGAAGACACCAAAACCACUUGUUCAGUAGCUGCUGGUUUCGCUAAGCUGGUAAAGCAAAACUGCCAACCCUCCUGAUAUGGGCGGGAGUCUCCCUCAUUCUGACUUUUGAUUUCACAUUUCACAUUGUUAAAGUGUGUUUCUCAGCUUUUGUGGGGUAUGUGUAAUAAGACCUGGCAACCCAACUGGGCAGCAACAAGCAUGCACAAACCACUGUACCUGGCCUACCUGUGCUACACUGUAGCAGAUUACUGCUCAGCUUCAUUCUGUCAAGCUUGCUGACAAAAAUGACUCAGAAAAGAAAAUAUGCCUUCAAAUUUGACCCUGCUUGGUGCUUGCUGCUAGUUGCACUGACAAAACCUUGUUCAGUUAUUUUUCUGUGAGCUUGUAUAAAUGCCAAAACUGUCAAAAAGGAGUCACAGCAGGCCUGUAAUUAAUGGUGGUGUCUAUUAACUGGCCAGUCUCUAAAACACCAAUACCACUCUUAAAAAUGUAGAGAAAUUCAAAGUAUUUAUUCUGACAUAUUUGCUUAAGUAAAAUGUGGACAGGGUUGCUGAGAGUGGGUCCGUUUUCAGAUACCUCAGAUAAUCUUCCUCUUUUUUUCCAGUCUAAUAUUGGUAGGUUAGGUACGGUUUAGGUUGAAGAGAAAAACAAAGUUUAUUCCAUUUCCAUUCCAUUUCUUUGACACAUGCCCACACACUCAGUACUAAUACUCAGAGCAGACAUGAAGUCUCUUUGGGCCCGGUGUGGUUAAUGAGUUCAUUUUGUGGCAGCAUUUACUCUGUAAUUAAAGUCUCCUGAGUUGUCAUUACAGCAGCUCUCAUCUUUUUCUCUCUCUUUAGAAUAAAGGUUAAUCCAAGACAAUCCGAGACGAUCCACAGUAGCUCUGUCAGAUCUUCAGUUUUUGUGCCAGCGAUCGACUCUUACUCACCCUCUUCACGAAUUGUGUUUGUCCAGCUGGAGCUCAUUGGUCUGAAUAACUAGCCCGUGAAAGGUUGUGGAUUGACUCAUAUCUUUAACUGCUGUGCACUUAGCUCUGACUAAUGUAGCUUGAAAAUACCGGAGCUAAAUAGUAAAGAAUGGUUUUAGUCUGAGUGUUUGUCUGCUGCAAAUGUUAGCAUAUCAAACUAAAUGGCACCAAGAAGUAACUUGAUUUAGGUUUUCUAGACAUUAAGGAGACCAUCUUUAAAAGUUUUUAAGACUUUUGAGUGGUAGAAUACUAUUCAUCCUCAAACACCUUUGUGAAAGAACUGCAAAUGUCCCAUUUUUUUGGUAAUGUACCUAUUUUCUGACUAGCCCCAUUAGAGCCAAACACCAAAGAAACCAUCCUGACACAUCUUCUGAAUUUUAUCCCAUUGUUCUGUUUUCUCUUGUAUUCAGUUGCAGUUCCGGCCAACAAAAGCCUCCUGAAAAAGUACUAAAUUGGUGCAAAGUCUUUUUUUUUUUUCGUUCACUCUGAACCAUUUUGCUGUAAUUGUUCCUUUGAGGUUCUGCAUUAAACAGAGACAAAGCCAUGAACCAUUGUGCCUCACCAAACAAUCAUCACAUCCUUUAGGCCAGUGUCUGGCCCAGAAUCUGUCUCCAGUGGUGGAAAAACAAAGGGGGCAUUAGAUGUCUGACAAUAGAGUGGAAAAUUUGGUUUUAUUCCUAAUGAGAUGAAAGCUAAUUGUUCUGGGUAAAACAAAGAAAAAAUUAAAUAGACUGACUUUUGUUUUUUGUGCAGAUGCUGAAAAUGAGGACUGAUUAAACGCAGGAGUACUUCGAACCGCACACACAAAAAGCACCAGCUGCACCUACCAGGAAAUUGCUCAAUCAUUCCACUAUUGAUUUAACCCAUUAAAUGCAUGGUGGUCACGAGGAAUGGGGACUGUUUUUGCUGAUAGUUUUCACUUUCCGAGCUCAUUUAUUCCACAUGGUUUUUAGAAUAUGAUGAUAAGCAGACAAUGGCUCCCUGUCUUCUGUGCGUGAACAAGCUUCAAAGUGGUCAAUGCGUCACAGUGUUUUAUGACCAUAAUCACCCAGCGGGCUUUUUCUGUCAUUGUGGUUGCAGUGGUUACAUGUUAGCUUUAAAAGCAGAGUGGGAUUAUCACAGCUCAGACCAGCCCUCUGGACGUGUAUAUGCUGAAUGACACAUUAAUGGAGUAGAUUUAAAUCUGGUCCUCCUGUCAUACCAAAAGGCUAACACUAGCAUAAAUAUUGUGCUUUCAGGGCCUGAUAAGAAAAGCAGCAACAACAGCAGCAUUAAACAUGGCAGUUCUGAGAGUCUACUUACUUUACUGUCCGAUGUCAGGGUAAAAAUAUGCAUGACGCAAGUUUAAAAGUGUGAGGUAACAGAAAAGUUAGUUUUGGACUCUGCUGUCGUGUCAUUACUUCAACACAGCACAGAUUAUUGAGUACUCUUCACCUUCUCCCUCUUUUAGACAGCUGUACAGGCUCUUUAUCACUUUGUUCUGCAUACUCCUUCAAUUUUAGAGUAGAGAGGGUUUUACAGAAGAUGCUGAGUAGCAAAACAGGACAAGCAAAUCCAAGGAAAUAUCUUUUAAAUACAGUAUAUAUUUAAAUGUUUAACGUGUCAGUGUAAACUUAAGUCAUAUUAGUGUUGCAAUGGAUAUUCCUGUACAUUUCAUACAAUCUAUACAUGAAAAAUGUCCUCUGUGCAAAGAGCCUAUAUGUUGCUCGUUCUGUCUUUCCAAGACUAACAAAGAUUUGAGGCAGAGAACCAGAACAUAAUGCUGCCUCACAGAAAACAUCCACAGUCUGGUCUAUAAAUAGACAUGCCAAUGUCUCUUUCACGGCAGCCUCCAGAGAUGUCUGUCAGUCUCAUUGGAUUUGUCCUUACACUCAUUUUUUCACCGUGUAUUUAUAGAAAACGUUAAAAUACUCCGGAAAAAGCUUUGACCGAUUACAUGAUGAAUAUUAAGGGUUUUUCCUGACUCACUACAAUAUCAGUUGAUUUGGAUCCAUCUGUUCUCCGUAAAGCCUCAAUUGUUUUCCCUGUUUUUGUUCAUUGUAAACCAAAGUCCUCUACAUUGUUUAUUAAACUUUCAUGGAUUUCAUGUUUCAUCUGUAAAAGUCUCAUGUGUAUUUAGGCUUUCAAGCUGGCCGGGCAUUUACACAUAUCCAGCCAGGACACUGCAGAGGCCCACCAGGUAGACUAUAGUAUUUAAGGCUAAGUCCUAAUCACAGCAGACAGAUUUGAAUUCCAAGUAAUUCCUGACAUUACAUUUAUUCCCCUUUCUCCAAGGCAUUCCCUUUUAUCAUUCGGCUGAAUUAGUGCUGUCGUAAUACUGUAUAACAGUAUUGACAGUAACUGUCUUAGUUGAAAUAUCAAAUAUUGAUAUUGUGUUUAAAAAUAAGCCAGAGUUAAGGAGGUCCUUUAUGUCGGUUAUCUUGUGUCAUAUAAUUGAGGAGAGAAAAAGAAGCAGCAGACUUUCUGUGGAAUAAUUUUAGUCAAAGAAGGGUCCAGUAAAAAAACUGAAAUUCUGGGAAUUUUUUUGUAAAUCCAAAUGCAAAGUUGGAGCUUAUGCCUCUUCAGGUUACAAAUCAAAUGGACAUUUACACUUUCUGGAUAUUUUUGGAACAGUUUUCAUCCAGUUCUGUAAACUACAAUCCACCCAAAAUCAAAGUAUAGUUUUACAAUGUAGGAAAUAAAACAAAAAAGCAGGACUAAAAAUCAUUAUUAUAAAAGCAUGCCAAACAUUGGUUUUAUGAGGUGAUGUCUUCAUUUACACAGUUAGUGAUGUAAAUAAAUCAUAAUUUUGAACAUAAUUAGAAAUUGACAUGGAGUUAUCAGUGUUUAUUUGUCAAUAUUAUGGGCUUUGAAUAUUUAUGUUUAUAUAUAUAUAUAUAUAUAAAAAACAUUGCUCCAGCCUAGUCUUGCCUUUUCUCAGUUUUAUUGACUGUGUUGUUUUAAAGCCAAGUUUUCCAUAAAUAUUGUGAUAAUAUUUUUAUUGUAAUAUUUUACAAUCAUGAGGUGAAAAUCUGAUUUAUUGACAACCUUAGACUGAAUUAAUCAAUGAACUGACAAAAGGUGAAAAAAGAGGUUAAAAUAAAACAAUCCAUUCAGGUAAAAUCAGACUAAAGGAAGCCCUUAGAGGUCAUAUGUUUACCUAAUAAGUUUUUUGUGAUUGUUUCAUCAAGAUAUCACUUUAUUUUCACUGAUCUAGCUGGAUAUCUAGAUAUAGCAACAGGAAUAAAUAUGUCUGAAAAAAAAUAUUGUAAGCUGCUGAAUUCUUCAGUCUGACAAUAUGACAGCAGCCACUGUGCCGGCAUAACCAAAACACAUAACAGGUAUUUUAAAGGCCUAUUCUGAUAUUAGUAAAAUGACUUUCUUGAUGAAUUUAAACCAAACGAAAAACUGAAUACAUCAACAGAAACAGUCUAUCUGCUCCAAAGCUUUAUCAUUGACAGUUUGGAGAAGAGUCUGAGGCAGACCAAAUUCACAGACAAAAACCUCAGAACUGGUUGUGAGUUAGACACAUUCGUGAUAUCAAACGCAGUUUUGAUUUUAUGGAUUUUAACAGGGUGCAACAGAGGACUCAGACAAUUGUAUCACAGCCCAGUUAUGUAUUUGAAAAAACUUGUAUUGGUUGUAGUGGUAAACCAAACAAGCAGCAGAACAGUCAUUGAAGAUCUUGUCGUCGAAUGCUGAAAUUUAAAAAAAGGGAUGAAGUGACAAGUUUUUAUGUAAAUCCUUAUGCAGUUAUUUGCAUGUCCUUACUCGCACCAGGGCUUCUUUUUUCCUCUGUGGUCUGCCCAGUUAUAUAAGGUACAAAAGAUGAAAAGGUAAUGGACACAUAUACAAACACACACAAGCACACACACACACACACACAGACAGUGCUCUGAUUAUGCAUAAACAGUCGCACACCAACAAAUGGUUUUUAUUCACCCAGAAGCUGCUGCUCUGUUGCAUCACCAGAGCAGGACCACACACACGCUCUCCUGUUUGAUCUUCAUUAGGAACACAAACUACAUACAAAGCCAGCUCCGCGUUCAGAUACAAACCUCAGGCUGCGGCUCGCACUUUUUUUUCGUGAUCCUGCAGUGAGCCAUAAUAACUAUGAAAGACUGCAGUGCAGUUUGGUCCAAAAAAAAGCAUCUGAUGUUAUUAUAUAUAUAUUUUUUUGUCUUUUUUCCAACCGCCUGUUCCAGACCACAGCUGUCAGACAGUGAAGUCAUAGCAAGUCAUGCAUCCAGCAUUUAUUUUUACUAUAAAAGUCAAUUCCAGGUCUGUCUUUGCCAAACAUGAUUUAGUUUCUAGGACAACUGAAGUGCUGCAUAUAAAGAUUAGAUCAUGAGUCAGUGUUUGUUUGAUGUGUGUUUGUUUUAGGGUAAUUAAUGCUGGGAAGAGCGCACUGAAUGAGGACCAGGCCUGCUGCGAGGUGGUUGUAGCAAGAAGGAGACCUAUGAGCUACUGCCCCCCCUCAACGCCAAGCAAGACCCCCACAGCCAAGAGGCGGAACUCCCUGCCCAAUGGAGAAGGCCUUGGGCUGCGUAUGGAGCAUGGCAUGCUGGGAGAGGUAAUAAAACACGCAAUCAGAAAAAAUACACCUUACAUAUUAAAGCACCUAUGAGGAGUUUUCUGUUUGUGAUGAUUCAGCGCACCCUGUGGAUGAAUUAGUUUCAGCUGAAUUUUUCCUGGAAAUGUUAAAUCAGCACAUCUCAGAAUCUCAUGAAAAGGUCAUGAAGAGACACGAAUGAUUAUUUCUAUCUGUUACAGAAGCUUAACAUAUCGUCAGCCUUUUAAAAUAAUGGCCUAUGUCAUUUUUUGACGAUCAAGCUAAAGGCUACAGUCAGCUGAUCUUAAGCCAGCCCUCAGUCAGCUGACAGCUCAGGUGACCCUCACCCUCUUCACAUCCUAUUGGCUAAUGUCAAAAUGGCGGCCUAUUUAAACGGCUUCUCUGGCCUACUCUGCCCUCUGCAACCACUCUGCAACCCACCUCCACCCCAACUCCUCCUGUUUAUGUUGUGUCUGUUUGCUUGUAAUAAUGAUUAAUUUUGACUAAAGUGAUCCUGACUAAAAUGAUUUUUUGGCCUAAAUCAUCUCAUGGCAUGAUCCUUUCAACUAAGUAUUUAGGUGAUUUUACCGGAGAUGGGCAGCAUUAUCAAGAGAUGAUUUAUGCCAAAAACUCAUUUUCGUCAAAAGAAGACUUAGGCCAUUAUUCUAAUAGGGUGACGAUAUGAGUAUGUACAGUGUACAUGAUGGAUUAACAGUUUUCCCAAAGGCAUAUGCGUAUGGUUACAGGCAGGUACAUAAUACUUUAAGGCAUUACGACCAACUUUUCUGUCGUACCAGCCCACUGGAACUGAAGUGAACUCUGUCCUCCAGAUCUGUCUGUGGAAAAAACGUCAUCAUGUUUUAGUUCGUUGUAUCCCCAGAGUAGCACUCAUCCAUCUGAUUGUGGUGAGUCAUAUUUUCACGGCUGAGAUGAAGUCACACUCUGGCUCGCUGUAUCUGUGUGAAAGAAACUAAUGUUUUAGUGAGUCACUUGAAAUAACUGCUCUAUCGUUUGCUGAAAUCACAACAUCAUGUUGCAGAUUUGUAAUGAGUAAAACUACAAGCUUUUUCAUGUCCAUUAAGGAUGGGAGGAGGUUAGUUUUACUUUAAAUGAAGCUUGGAUAGAUCAUUUCUGAUGCAUUCCAAGAAAUCAGUAAAUCUCUAACACUGGCUGGCUUGUGCUGUGCAGAUUUGUCACUCAGCUUAAAAUGUUUGAUUAAGAGCGCAUGGUUGCAUGCAGAUCUCUAUUUAUAGAGAUAAAUGAGUCGUCCUCAGAAAACCAGCAAUGGGAGCCUUGAUGUGCUACAGCACUACUCAGACUACAAACGUAGCCAACUACAAACGGAAGGCGCAUCGUUUCCUACACCAAAAUUCAGACUUCCUAACAGAUUCUGCGUUUUUAUAGGAAGCCUGUAAAUAAAAAGAUUUUAAUUUCUCAUCAAGAAAUAUAUAUAAGACUAAAAGAGAGAAAUUUGUGUUAAAAUGAAUCCGCUCUCUCCAUCGGAACAACACUGCACAAACCUAUGAUAUUCAUUAUUCAAUCACACCACUUAAAGCUCCUGUGAGGAGUUUUUUGGUGUUCAUGACAUUAACUGAAAUUCAUAUUAAAGACUUCUUAUGAUAUACAAAAGCAAAGUAGACCAUUGACAACAAGACAGACCAUUUUAACACUGCAGUUUUUAAUGCCUGAAGCAAUGCAAGGGGUUAUGUGUCAGCUGAGCAGUUCAAGACACAGCCCUGUUUUUACUGUUUCCUGAUUAAAUAUUGACAAUCAAUAAUACAUAUGGCUCUCAAAAGUCAGCAGAAGGAGAUUUUUUGUCAGAGGUCACUAUAUGAGCUUGUAGAAGACAAGAUAAGAAGAGACUGCUUUGUGCUGUGGGGAUGCCAAAUUUAACCCAAACCAAAAGUUCCUGACAGGAGCUUUAAACAUCUUUUUUUUUUCAAAAGGUCACAACCUUCCUUUUUUUUUUUUUACAGCUACUUACCUGAGCAAGUUUCUCCUUUUAAAGAGUUUUUUAGUCUCAGUGGAGCUGUGGUCUAGGUGGUGAAAUAAAGGGAAAAUAGUUUUAAAAAAUAAAAAUAAAAGGGGAACAUCUUAAAAAUAACAAGCUGGAACUAUUGUAUUUACUAGAUGUGGGAACUGUUGAUUGGAUACAAAACACCACACCACACAACAAUACUGCAAACAUCAAUAUAAGACAUUUGUAUACAUUACAUCACAGUACCACACUAGUACAGUAUACAAGAUUAUUAAAUGCUCCUGAAAAGACAAAGUGCAGAUUCAUGUUUUUUUAGUGCACUCUUCUUACCCAGAGAUAAAACAAUGAAACAAUAGUCAUGUUUUUAGUCCUUGAAUGAAAUUUUACAGAACUGAAGAACUGCUGCAACUAGUUUAGAAAAUAUAUAUUUAAGUGCUUAAAUAAAAUUUUAAAAAAAAACAGCCUGUGAGCUGUUUAUGCACAAGUUUUAUAUUCAGAGUUGAGUGAGUGCAUCCUCCACCCUUUAUUCACCUUAUCACUCUGUGUUCUUCAGGUAUGGUGCCACUGUCAACCUUUUAUUCAGUCAGUGAACCUGUUCAUGUUCCCCUCAUUCACGUUAUUAGGGCUGCUGCUGCUGUGGGGAGUCAUAAAACAGUGAGGUAGCAAAUCAAUUCAGAGAGCCACAUUUAAUCAAUAUAAGAGUUAGAUUCAAUACAACUUAUUUUAUCACUCGAGGAAAGACAUUUGACAUGUCGCUUGAUAUCUCAGUAACUGUUUGAUAUAUUGCUUUUUUGCUUAUCUAGUGUUUUGUCUCACCUCCAAUAUUUGAACUGUUGAUUUGUUGUCAAAAAAGUACAAGUUAAUUUACUGAUUGAUUACUCAACUAUUAGAAAUAAUCUGAUUUUCUUAGUGCCAUUUAGGUUUAAUCCAUAAAUGUUUGUGCAUUCAAACCACGACAUUCUUGCCCCGAGUAUUUGGGAAUUUUUGUUAGCAUAUCAAACUCACCAUCUGUCCCAGUCUUGUUCGAGCAUCUCGGGAACAUCUGGUGGGAAAAGAUGUGAAUUUGGCACCAAUUUGAGGCGACUUGGACUCAAAGUUGGACAGCUGAGAUUUUAAUGGUCUGAGGUUCAAGUAAAGGUCUCUGUGGUCUUUUAAGAAACGUAACCAGCCAUAACUAAAGAAACCAAUUUGCGGUCAAAGGUAAAUGUCACAGUAACUACCCCACUCCAAGUGACAUGAUAUCUUAACAACACCAGAAUUGGUUCUACCUGGCUCCAUUUAUUAUUUAUUUUAAUUAACUAAAAAAUUGUAAUGAGGUGCCAUCUCCCCUUGCUGUGCUGUAUGUCUCUAACAUUGACUGUUUCCAGAGGACUUUAUUUGUUUAUGUGGAAAUGAAUAAAACAGUGUCAGAACACAAAAAAAACAUAUUUAGUAACCAGUUCAACCACAGACUUGUUGGAGGAGGCAUACAACAGGCAGUAAUUCUCAUCACUAAUGUUGAUCUCCAUUCAGCCACACUGGAGCAAAUUGGCUGUCAGCAACAAAACUGUGAGAAGUGAUCUCUUUGAGGAAACAGGAGGGUCAGAUUGUAAGUGAAUCAAACCCUGUCAUGUAACUUGGGAGGUUAUUCAAACCUCCCAAAAGUUUGUUUCUGAAAGUCUUAGUUUCCAGGGUUACACCCUCUGAAUAACAAACCACAUCUCAGUGCUGUGGGAGUAUAACUUAUUUUUGAAUUGUUGUAGUCUUGGCUAAAUUUUGAAUUGGCCGUGAGUACAACACAAGCCAAAUAUAAAACCUAACACCACCUCAAAUAAUUUUACACCCAUAAAAGGAGUAGCCAGCAGAGUAUCGUGUGUUGUGGACGAAACCUGUCAGAGGUAGAAAGAAGGUUUGACCCCCACACGGCAUUAAAGGGAUGAGUCAGGGAUACUUUCCCCUCGAUCCACCCAGAGAUGAUUCACACAUAACACAACUGUUUCAGCAGUUGUUUUAGAUGUUUUAAUAUUUUUUCAUUUAUGAGUCAUUGAAGUGAAGACACAGGGUGAUUGAUUAAGAACUGGCUGGUCGAAGAAAGAGACCAUCAGAGGAGUGUUUUCUGUCCACACCCUGCUUUUACUGAAAUAUUACAGCUAAGGUCGGUCAGGAUGAUUAACAGGGUUGAUUCACGCUGACUCCUCCUCACCUUCAGAUGACACUGAAAAUGGGUCCCAAAAAACUGUUCAAGGCCUUCAGGAACACAGCAGUCAUUGACUCAACAGUUGUCAGCUCAAAUAAGAAUUGAUGUUUCAGAUCAAAAUGUUGUAUCUAAAGUUGAGAAAAGUAUUUCGAAAAAUCUGCGCUUGUGUUUGUGUGUAUAAGGAAGUGUUGGGUUAAAUGGUUUCAGAGGCAUUCUGCAGAUUUCAUAAAGUCAUGCAGAUGUAAAGGCCAGUGUCUUACUAAAUCCCGACCAGUAGAAUUAGCUCUAUUAUAAAUCACGAUGGCUCAAAGUAAAGGACAAAAUAUAUGGAAGGGGUGAGUCCCACAAGAUGUUCAAAUAAACGCCCCUGAGGUGCCGGUGGGCCUUGAAGAAAAAGUGCACACUUGACCUAUGAUCCUUUGCUUUGCUGUCAUCCCUGUUGAAAAAUUGCAAAAAUGACCCAAAACAGAACUGAGAGGACCAAAUUCUUCAGUAAUAGGAAAACAAAACAAUAAAAACAAAGGAAAUGGAGACCCAGACCAAAUAUCAUUCUGAAAUGUAAUAUAUGUCAGUCUAUUUCAUUGCCAUACAAAUAUAUAUUUUGGUUUCAUAAAAUAGGUAUUUGAUAUAAAUGUUCAAAAUGUACACCUUCACGGAUCAGUCAAUUCAUCUUUUCAUUUUUUAUAUAGCACCAUUUUAAAAGUUAUAUCUAGAUAUACAGUAUAUGCUUUACAAAAAAGCUGGUCUAAACCAGACUCUAUUCUCAAAGACCCAAUGUGAAGAUAGGAUAGGAGAGGCCCUUCUUGUCACAUCAGACCCUCUUCCAUCACAUCUUCAACCAUGUGAGUGAAACACUUAAAGUUACAGAGGAGAGGGAAAACUGCCUGUAACAGAGAGAAACCUUGGUUUGUUAAAAUGGAUCUUGGGAUGGUAUAUAUGUAAGUAUCACACCUUAUGUAUGGACAUGUAUGUCAUUUACUACAUUUCUGUAUAGGCUGGUCCAGCCAUACAAUGAACCUUCACCACCAGUAACCCACCUUGAUUUAUAUAGCAGACAAAGAAUAGGUAAUAUAAAAGACCAAUAAUUAAACUACCAGCAGUCUCAGCCCAGACUAAAGAAAACUUCCAAAAUCCCAAUCAUGUUGGGAAAAAAACCUGCCUGAGGAGAAAAAGACAAUUAUGAUGAAAAUAAACAAACCCCUCCUCGCCACAUGCAGCUCAAGCUGUGAGCCAGAGAGAGUCUCUGAUCCUCCCAACACCUCCUCUUACCUUUGUCCUUUUUGCACUCAGGUGUGAAGACCUUACGAUGUAUAACACUGUUGAAAGACUGUGACCUGUUUCAGACAUCAAGGGGGAAUACUGAUAGCAAGAAAAUGUUCAUUUUUGGCUUUUGACUUGUGGUUUUAUUGUAGAGCUCAGUUUCUAAAUAAAACUAGCUAACAUCUUUUGAAAUGUUAUGCCAUCUGCAGGACAGUGAAGGGCUCGUUUUCCACUACUGGGCCUUGUUUGAUGGCCACGCUGGUUCAGGUGCAGCAGUCGUCGCCUCACGUCUACUUCAGCACCACAUCGCCUGCCAGCUGCAGGCUGUCAUCGAGAUCCUGCGAAACCUCGCCUCCCUGCCACCAACUGUUCUGGGCGAGGAGCCUGACAACAACCCCUACCUCCAGGGAAACACCCCAGGUCCUCACCGAGGCCUGACUCGUGCCGCUUCACUGCGCGGGGCAACAGGUCCACCUGGUCCCCCCUGCAGCACCCCACCUCCUCCCCGAUUCUUUACAGAGAAGAAAAUUCAGCAUGAGAGCCUGGUGAUAGGAGCCAUAGAGAACGCCUUCAAAGAGAUGGUGAGAGACGGUUCAAGGACAUGAUGAAAGCUUUCAAAUGUACUAAAUGAAUUCGUCAAAUAGACGAAACUACAGUGAGCUUAUCCUUUUUCUGUCCACCUGUUCUGUCUGCUAUCAGCCGUCUGACCCUGUCAUCACCCCAUUAUUAAUAUCUCCAGCUCCUCAUCUCCUCCAUUCCAACUUUCUUACAUUCAAUGUAUCCACCUUGAGUUUUGUAGAAUGAUAUAACAGUAGGGAAAAGCACAGGUGUAAAGAACGAGUAAGGAUAAAUGUGUUGAAAUCACUGCAUCAAGCUCCCCGUUAGUUUCACUGUCUGCAAAUAUAAAUGGAUAGCCAGUGCAGCAGGACCAUAUCAGAUGUAUAAAGACUUUGGUGCUUUUACAAAGUCAACUUAUCAGCUAUACAGAUAAUAGACUUAUUUACAUGCUAUUAUUUUCUAUAUUAGAUUUUUCCCUGGGCUCUGGUUGUAUCUGAAUUUAACAAGCAUUUGUUACCUUGGACUUGAGAGGAAACUUUCAGACAUUUUUCAGACCAAAGUAGUAAUAGUUUUAUCAAGAAUAACGUCACAGUGUAGAAAUAUGACUGUAGGUGUAGCCGUGAGCACAUUAAUCUUGACUUGACAUGAAUGACUGAAAAGUUUGGUAAAAAGAUGAAGAGCAUAAAAAACGUAUUAUUCAGAAAGAAGUUUAAAGUUAGCCUUUAAAUUUACUCCAGAAAGAGAUUGCAGACAGUAAAGUGAUGGGAUACAUGCUCUCUCUGGAGAUCUUGGAUCUCAGUGGGACUAAUUUAGUUAAAUAAAGGUUCUAAUAAUAAGAGGCACUAAUGUGUUUACCAGCUGAGAUACAUCAUGGCAAAUUCUAUCAGGUUUAGGUUUAUUUAUUCAGGAUAAACUGAUAAAUCAGCCCAAUUAUUGGCAUCAUUUUGUUAUAAUCAGUAUCAUAUUAGUAAUGAUCACACAUCUUUCCCAUCACCUAUUAACAGCAAACCAAAUCCAACACAGUCAGCAACCAGUGUAAAGAUAUUGUUUUAUAUUAACAAUAAUAGCAUUAUAUCAGUGUCUGUCUGCUGAUUUAUUAAAAAACUCCUAAAAUAAGUAAGAAGCUAAGAGAACCAUGUAUAUUAGAUUUUUAUGUAGAAUAAACAGUUUGUAUAUGACUCUCCCUUUUAUACAUUUUAACCCCAAUUGUUAACUCAUAUUAUUUUGCCUGACAGAAAUCAAAAAGCCCUUUUUUAAAAUGUUUCACUGAGCCAGAUUUUUAUCAUCUACAUCUAUUUUUGAGUAAAUAUUCACUCUGGUUCAGCAGCUUUUAUUUUAUUUUUAUUUUUUCAUUUUGUCAAAUGAAAGAAAAAAAAUACAAAAAAAAACAAGAUGUCUGCAUUUUUAUAUUGGCCAUCGGCUGCCCUACUUUCUGAUAAUCAAUAAUCCACUGAGAGACGAUUAUCAAUGCUGAUUUUUAAGGGUAUUACUAAGAGUUUAAUUUCCAUCAGAAAUACUUAUGAGUGAUAAAAACCUAUGUUAUUAAUGUACACUGAUUCACAAAGAGAAGCCUUUGUGUUUCUACACUGAUAUUCUGACCGUAGGACAAAAAGGCACACACUUUGCAGAGAUGCACACAAAAGCUAUAUUUAGUCCUCAACCUUUAUGCUGAUAUCUACAGUUUAUUCAGACCCUUUGGCUUGUGAAAUAUCGCCUCCUGGCCAAAUGUCACUCAGCUGUGCAGAUUAGACUGUGAAUUUCAAACACUAUCCUGUCAGAUGGAUCAUCUGAUAAAAUGUAUGCAGAAUGAUGUUAACAUAAGACUGUGUGUUUAUCGAACUUUGCUUAAUUUCCUGUAUCCAUAACAGAAAAAUUUGUGUUUUAGUAUGUGUGAAAUUGCUUUAUAAACCUUCAAAAGCCAAAGUCUUUCCAGAGAUACCACUAGAUGGCAACGGAGAACAGUCUACGUUAGACCUUGUGAUACCCAGAGUAAAAGGGUCACUAAAGCACCUCCUAGAUCAGCCUUCGCCAAAAUGUCCAAAGAGGGAAACAAAAGCAUUAUUAACACUUUAUUGGCUGUUAUUUGAAGGAUAUUUCUCUUUAUAAAUGAAAACAGCAUCUGCCAUAAAAGGAGUUCACACUCCUCUAUAGAUUGCAUUGAUUGGAAGAUUUCUGUGAGACUGGCUUACAGUGUACUUUGUGUUUCUCUAACUCUGUUGUUAAAAACUUGGUAAAAAUCUACUACUAAAGGGCAGUCGGGAAGUUACACAAUCAUCAUUUGUUAAAUAUGUAGGAUUUUGUUCUGUUAAUUAUCGUUAUGAGUGAUCAGUAUUUAAAGGGUCUUGAUUUUUACAUGUAAUGCCAAGAUACAAACCUUCUCACGUAUCAGCCUCUAAAUUAUUCAUGCUGGAGGAGGUUUUUGUUUACUGACAUGCGGUCAACAGGAGGUCCAGGUUAAACAGAUCAAUUUGUUAACCGUCUGCAGCGCUGCCCACACAUUGUCUGGCUUUUAAAAAAAGUUGAUCAGAGUUUCAUAGUCUUGACUCUUGUUCGUGCUCUGUGUUUGAUUAUUCCUGCCUGUGUGGGCUGCAUGCAGUCUGGAUGUUAACUUUACUGACAUUUCUUAAUUUUCGUGUCACAUGUGGGAGGAUGUGGGCUUUUUUUACUGUUUUUUUUUUUUUUCUGUUGUCUUUCUAAGUCGUUUUUCAUUCCAGAUUGACAAUCCUGUCUGUUGCUUUCUCAGGAUGCACAGAUUGAGAAAGAGAAGCAAGUCUACAACAUAACAGGAGGAUGCACGGCUCUCACUGUGGUUUACCUGCUGGGAAGACUGUAUGUUGGGAAUGCAGGUGACAGCAGGUGUGUAUGUCAAGCCCCUGUCCAUCCAAAUAAACUGUCUUUCCUUCCCUACACAUAAACUGUGGCAUUGAUUGAGACAGUUGAGCUGAGUUUUUGAGUUUCCUGUGCGAAACUUGUCAAACUUUACCUCACUUUUCCUACAGGGCCAUCAUCAUUAGAAACAAUGAGAUCAUCCUGAUGUCGACAGAAUUCACACCAGAAUCAGAACGACAGCGACUCCAGUUCCUGGUGAGAUAAUUGUACAAUCGAUUUUAGCAUCAAAACUUUUUUACUUAUCUUUCCUCAGUCCUUCGAGAUAUGAAUUUGGAUAAUUGUGUAGAAGAGUUAGUCACACAAAGCCAUGUUAUUGUACUUUGAGCUCACACCAUCUGAACACCACGGAGCAGGUGGAAACACUCAGUACUUGAACUUUUUUUUGUUGGCCUCAGAAAUUGCUUUUUUUGUGGUUUCUCACUGUGUGUUCACACAAAAAGCAACACAGUCAGCAGGUUGUUUAAAGUCCAUCUAUUUCCUAUAGAGCUGAGGAACAGCUCAACAGGCCUGUCAGCUGAAAAUAGCUGGUGAUGACUGUGCUUGAAAAAGUUAGGGGCACUAUGUAGAGACUCUGUGACUCUUUUUGGUUUCAUAAACAAACUUAGAGAUCUCUGCAUUGACUGAUGACUUUCUGUCUUAAUCAUUAAUGUGUAUGCCAUGUCUCCAUCUCCUACCAUUGUAACAAAUACCAUAUACAGUGGUUCUCAAGUCUAAUCCUCGAGGCCCACUGUCCUGCAUGUUUUGGAUGUUUCCCUGCUCCAACACACCUGAUUCAAAUGAUCAGCUCGUUAUCUUUAGCUUGAUAACGAGCUGAUCAUUUGAAUCAGGUGUGUUGGAGCAGGGAAGCUGGUUUGUGCUCAAGUCCUCUUUUUUCUGUCCAGCUCCAUUUUUAAAAGUUAUUAGGGGGUUCAUGUUUUCUAUGAUUGACACUUGAUACAGCCUAUGGGCGUACGAAGAUAGCGUAGCUCACCCGCUGUUUGAGCCGAGCAUCAUCACAGCGACUCUCCUGCCAAAUGCGUGCAAUGCUACUGGUCAGUGUGAGUGCGCACAACACUAAUGUGCAAUGUUGAUUUCAGGAAAUGGAAAAAAAUCGUGGAAAUAUUGAGAGCUUUUCAGCUACAAAUCCAGUCAAUCUAUGUCCAGACCCUCUUCUAUGGUCGUGAGCUCUGGGUGAUGACUGACAGAAUGAGAUUGCAGAUACAAGCAGCCAAAAUAAGUUUCCUCCAAAGGAUGUCUGGACUCAACCUCGGAGAAAGGGUUAGAAGCUCUGACGCCCAGAGGAGGCUCGGAGUAGAGCUGCUGCCUUGCCGGCUGUGGUGGUUGGCAUUGGACACCUCCCCGGGCUCAGAGCUCUCUGGAGGGAUUAAGUAUCCCUCCUGGCUCGGGAAUGUCUUAAGAUCCCAGAGGAGGAGCUGGAAACUGUUGCUGGGGAGAGGGAGAGUAGGGUCAAAGACUGCCCCUGACCCUUAACCCGAUCCAACAUAAGAAUUAGAACGGAUGGAUGGAUAUAAAUGAAUGAAUGAAUGAAUAUUGUAGUCUGACCUACAGUAUGUCAUCUGGAAUAAAGAAGGAGAGGGGCUUACUGAAUGUGGGAGUGUGUGUGUUGGUGCGUUAACUUAUCUUUAAUUACACCACACUUGUAGCUGCAGAUCACAGCAGUGUUGACCGGUGUAAUAAUGGGAAAUGACUGGAAGAUAGAAUAUAUAGCUAGCUGUCAGUAUAUGAUUCCUUAACCCUAUAUUAUGACGUUAUCAGCUUCUAAAUCCAACUCAUGCUCAGGAGUGAGGGGACUUCUGGGGAGAAUAAAAAUAAUGACAGCUGACUUUAAUUUGAUCUGCAAAUCCACCGCAUAUUUAUCUGCCUGACUGACUUGAAGACCAUCAUUUUGUGUCCUCCAGGGCUUCAUGCAGCCUCACCUGUUAGGAAAUGAGUUCACUCACCUGGAAUUUCCCCGGAGAGUUCAGAGGAAGGAGGUGGGCAAGAGAAUGCUCUACAGAGACUUCACUAUGAAAGGAUGGUAAGUUUUCUGUCACAUACAACGUUUCAUGUGCAGACUAAGACCCCUGCAUCCUUCUGAUGUGUGUCAAAGACUGAUCACUGCUGUAGACUUUUUCCCUCUCCUCUGCUGCAGCAGCUUACUCUUUUUUGAACAGUGACAGCUGAGAGGACCAGCAGGGAGCUAAUGAGGGAACAGUCUAACCUAUACCUUAUAAUGAUACAGCUGGGAUGGUACUGUAUUUGAGGUGCUAUGGUUGUUCGCUGCGCACCAUGCUGUCUGUCUGAGGCUGCAGUGGGAGCCAGUAAUGAGACAUCCUCACUCACUGGCACACAGAGGUACAUAUUGUACGAACUGUGUGCAUUAGGAUAGGUGAUGUAUAUUUCACUAUAAGAUUGCCCCUCAGGAGCAGAGGAGCAAGUCCGGAUGUUUCUCCACAGAGGUUAACGUUGUGUGUCCCUUUACAUUCAAGGCAGGAAGUGCUUCAGAGUUAUCUGAAUGACCAGAACCAGCACAUAUAAACCUAAGCUUUAGUAGACUCUUCAGAAAAACUUUUUAAACUUCUAUUUUACAAGCGAAAGAUUCAUUUGUUAUGUUUGUGUUGCACAAACUAGCUAAAAAUAGUGUUUUAAGCUGACAAACUUGGCUGCUAUCGCUGAGUUACACAUGCAGCAGACACACUGCCAACAGAAUACCAUUUGGAGUUUGUUUACAGCUAAUUCCAGUCAUCUCUGUGUUAGCAGCUGCCCACUUAUUUUGUCUGACUGCUGCUUCAUGUUAAGUGUGUUUGUUUAGUGUCAUUCUGUGGUAAAAAUAGCCGAGGGACAGGCUGAUCAAAAUGUUGAACUGUUGUGUAAAUGCUCGCAAGGUAUGAAAACUUAAUUUUCUUGCCUUUUUUUAAUCCUAACAUUUUAUAAACUCAGUAUUUAUUCAUAUUUUAGCUCCUUAUGUGUCCAGCAAAGAGGGGACCAUUAGAGGUGGGAAUCACUAGUGGCCCCACGAUACGAUAUUAUCAUGAUACUUGGGCCAUGAUAUGAUAUUAUUGUGAUUUUUGACAUUUUGCGAUACAGUGAGUAUUGUGAUACAAUUUAUAUAAUGUUUUCAACUGUUCAGCCAAUUGAGCAUUUGUCUUUCCUUUAUGUUUGUCUUAUUUACGCUGCAUUUUAUUUUCAUGUAGCACAUCUUGCAAACCAUAUAUAUACAGUAUAUAUAUAUAUAUAUAUAUAUAUAUAUAUAUAUAUAUAUAUAUAUUUGUUGUACUAACUUUCUCCUGCUCUAUGAUGUCACCUCUGCCAACCUCACUGGACAAACAGCUAAUGUUAUUUUUCCAUUAUCAUAGAUUUGACUUCAUAUUAGCAAUUCAUUUGAAAAAUCGAUACUUGGUAAAUGAGACGAUACGAUAUAUCACCAGACAAAAUAUCACAGUGCUAUGCUGUAUCACGAUACAGGGACUAUUAUGAUGUAAUUUUGCCAAAUCAGGAAUAUAAAAGCAGCAGUUUUGUUUGUACAGAUGCAUCUUAUAUGUUACAUUUAGACAUUAAUUUGGAAUUGUCGACAGUAAGAAAUGAGCGAAAUGAGCUCAUGAUGCAACCCUUCAUGUUUAAAAUAAGAUGAAUCAGUGGAGUGUGUUGUCUCUCACUUUUCCAAGUGUUCAAUUUGAUAUCAUGAUGAAGAAGUUGUGUUUCUACCUCUCUGCUCAGAGGGAAAAUGAAGAUGGAGGAGGAAAAGUAUUUAGAGUUUCAGAGAGACAAACAGGCAGGAGAGGUCAGAAAUGAUGAUCUCCCUCUGACUGGUUAUGCUAAGUUCACUUCAGCUUUUUCAAGUGCAGUAGUGUUAGCUAUGGAGCCGGUUCUGUCAGACCACUAAGAUCCAUUUUAAACAUUUUUGAUUUGGGCACAUCCUUUUCUCUGUUGCACUUCUAGCGAGACUAGAUACUGAUUCAUUCAAUUCAAAAAGUUAGUUUUGAGCCCUGUACCUUUAGUUUGACCCUGAUGCACCCUCCUAUAAAUGUUUGCCAAAACAGACUACAGAAGCUGCAGACUGUGGAUUAUUUGUAAAGCAAAACUAUAACAUAGAGAAAACUGUCUAAGAGAGACUCAAAAUCUACUUUUGCACCUCUCACUGAACUCCUUUAUUACCUCUUUAAGUGCUUGUAUAUCUUCUAGAAAUGUAAAUGUGUGCGUCAGACGAGCUAAUGGAAUAAAAUAUUUCAUUUUUUGAUCUCCUGUUCUCCACUUCUCUCACGCACAGGGCCUAUAAGACCAUCGAGGAUGAGGAUCUCAAGUUUCCAUUAAUAUACGGAGAAGGGAAAAAGGUACGGAAGUGUCAACUCCAAACCUCAGAGCUGAGGGGGAAAUGACUCGCUCUCACAUUGUCAGUCUGACACACACACACACACACACACUCACACACGCUACAUGCCUGCCAACCAACCAGAGAGUGGGCGAAUACUUGGUCUCUGAUGUGCAAGAAAGUGUGUGUGUGUGUGUGUGUGUGUGUGUGAGUGUGUGUGAGUGUGUGUGUGUGUGUGUGUGUGUGUGUGUGUGUGUGUGUGUGUGUGUGUGUGUGUGUGUGUGUGUGUGUGUGUGUGUGUGUGUGUGCUCAUACACCCUAGCUAGAAAAGAAAGAAGACGGUCCAUCUGUUUCACUCCAGUAGCUACAUCUUACACACACAUGGACAUUCAGACAGACACACACCACUCGGGAGAUGACAGUCGUCUCUCUGAGAAGUGGAGUUAAUCCCCACAGGGACAGCAGAGGAGAGAUGAGACAGCGAGACAGAAACCGAAAAACAAUCCACCAAAUAAAUUGCACAAAAGCCUUUAAAUUCUCAGUUGUGACAGUUUGUUUCAUAGUUUCAAUCAGUUCAGUCUGAGAGGAGAAAGAAAGUGUCCAGCAGAGGGGAAGAUGGCAGCUGACAACCACACGGUGUAAUGGUGGUGUGAUAGAUAGCUGCCGAAUUUAAGGGAGACCAAAUGAAAAUGAGGCACAGAGAUGGAAAAAAAAGUGUAAGAAGAGGAAGAACACUGAGGAGGAAUCUCAGAGUAGCAUGUCAGGGCGCCAACAAGGAAGAAAUGUCAAAAAAGUGUCAGUAUUUGAUAUUUAUUCAACAUUCAGCAAUAACUGGCUCCAUGUUCUUCUUGUGUUUUAACUUCUAACAGUAAAGUAACAGGGUCAUCCUCUGCAGCUGUAGUUAUGCUGCGUUUGAGUUACCUCAGAAGUCAGAUGUCCGAGCUGGGAAUGACAUCACACCCGAGUUACAAGCGUUUCAGUUACCAAGUCAGAAAAAAGCAAAAUUGGAGGCGGAAACAAAAUGUUGCAGAAGGACCGCAUAUUUGUCCAGAAGUUGCUUAUAUUCUGACAAGUCAAGCGCUAAAAUAACUUUGAGAUGUAGCCAUCUUGUUUCCACCUCCGAUUUGGCUUUUUUCCGACAUGGUAACUGAAACGCUGGUAACUUGGGUGUGACGUCAUUCCAAGCACGGGUUACUCAAACGCAGCGUUACAUACAAACAUGUGUACCUGAACUUUCUCAAAAAUUACAGUCAAUAAUUAUGCUAUGUUAUAUCAAAAUAUCGAGGAAAUCUAACCUUAACCUUGUUUUACAGGCACGUGUGCUGGCCACCAUCGGUGUGACCCGCGGGCUCGGUGACCAUGACCUCAAAGUUCAUGACUCCAACAUCUACAUCAAACCGUUCCUGUCCUGUUGUCCUGAGGUAUGAGCCCCAGUCCGACUUAGGAACAACUAAAGAAAAGCAGCUGAUUUUUCUUUUGUGUUUAUCUGAAAACAUGCUGUGUAGAUAAGAGCCUCCAUGAUAUGGCCUGUCCUGCAGAACCCUAGGUGUCCAGUGAGGACAUGAGCUCCGCUUCUAUCAAACAAACAGACACGUGUUUUAUUUUAUACCUCAGUAUCCUUCAAUGUGCGAUGAAAAUGAUCCCUGCCAAGUGGAAGUACACUGCCAGUUCAGUUAUCAGGCUGGAAAGCUUAUCAGCUGCUCAGCCCCAGCAGGUAAAGAUAGAAGGUGUCACUUUGGGCUGGUUAUGUGUGGCUACAGUCCUCACUUCUUAAUACAACUAACAACAGACUGUCUGCACUUCACAUUUUGACAGCAAAGUCAAGUCGACUUUAUCUCAUCCUCCCUACAGUUUUAACAUGAGCAGCCAAACACAAACAACAACAACACACCUCUCAAGAUGGCUGACGAGACAAGAAGAACUGCUGAGAGACUUUUUUACUCUUUAUCAUCGACAACCACUAAAUAUGAAAGAGGAAAAUAUUUGACAGAAGAUGGAUAAAUGUGAUGUGGGCUGUUGUUUAGUAGUGAUUUGAUACUAUAUAUUUCUUUUGCAAGAUGGUGUCAUCACAUACUGUAGUCCUGUCAUGUGUUAUUUGUUUCACCAGUAACAGGAAUGUUAUGGUCCAGUCUAAGCUAUACUGUAUUUACAAGACUCGAUGUAAAGAUGGGUUCAGAUUGAGUCCCAUCUGGUAAGAUCAGACCCUCUCCCAUCUUAUCUUCAACUACAUGAGUGAAACACUUGGCUGCAUUUAUCAAGUUACAGUGGAGAGGAAGAACUUCCUUUAACAGGCAGAAACCUGGAGCAGAACCAGACUCAUGUUAGACAGUCAUCUGCUGAGACUGAGCUGGGUUUAGAGAAGGGAGAGAAGGAGAAGUAGACAGAGAGAGAUGGACAGAGGAGAGACUGAUAGAGGAAGAUGCAGACAGAUUUGGAUUUUCAGAAGUCUUAUGUGGAAAGUUUUGGUCAGCAACACUGAAAGUAAACCUGACUUUGGUUUGUUUUCAGGACAUUCUGUUAGCUUCAAUUAGAGCUUUUUAAGGAGUCGUGAGUUUUCUAGCUAGUUUAUGUAACAAUUACACUCAGUAAAGAUCUGGCCUUGCCUUACUGGAUACUGGAGUAUCACGUUAUUUAAAACAGGAUGCCCACAUCCCCCACUUUCUUUUGUUUUGCUGGAUACUAAAGGAGAAGUCUGUCAUAUGACUUUCACAAUUUUUUCUUGAGUCAAAUCUGCUCUGAAAUAACCAGACUUAGUCCUUUACAGUACUUCUGUCAGAAAAAGGUCCCUUGCUGUGGGAGAACUUAAACUCACCUAUACAACUGUCUGGCUCUGGUUUCAAAGUGCUUUCAUCUCUUGAUGUAGUUUGUCUUAUGGAAUUUUGCAUUUUUUUCCUCCCACGACUCUCUGCUUGAUCUUUUAUUCAUUAACACAAGGGUUCAUACCAGGUUUGCGCUGAAGACAGAACCCCUCUCAGUACUCUGUGAGAGAAAGACACCGAUACAAACACUGCUCCCACCUCUCUUCAAAGUCACUGAGAAAUCCUGAGAUGCCCUCAGUGAAUGACAGCUGCUGCACUCAACGAGCUGCAGAAAUGUUGUGCAACUCGGGUUUGGUCAGAACUUUUCAAUCAGGCAAAAUAACUACAGCUGCUUUAAGUCGGUGUUACUGACCCUGCACUUUACUUUAAGAGAUCUAUCGCUGUGAUAUUUAGCUGCAGUGGUUUUUGUUCCUGGUUGGCUGAUGACACAGCUGUGCAAGUGCCAGUGUUAAUGACAUACAACAAAAAUAUGUGUACAACAAAAAUGGAUGCGAUCGUAUCAGGUGCAAGCAUCAAUGAAUCUACAUGAAUCAAUAAAUAAUAAAUAAAUAAAAAUCUAUCUUUAAAAUAUAUAUGAAAGGGGGUUGGUUGCAUUUCAAAGCAGUUUUUAGUCUGUAUUAAUAAUGUAUAGCAUUUCUUCAGUAUCUUAAUUUUGCGGUCAGAUGAAUGCAGCUGAAUGUACUUAUAAUCUUAACUGUCAAAUUUAUUAUUCUGUUGCACCAGUGUGAUCUGAAACUAUGAUUUAGAGACAGGGAAAGCUUCAAAGUGUUUAUUCCGUGAAAUACAGUGUUAAGUCUAAUUUUUUUGUGUAUAAUACUGUUAAAAAAUGCUCAUCAGGUCCAGUCAGUGUCAGUAGGGUGUAAAGAUACCUCGCUAAAACAACGGCACUUAUACUUUUCUUUCCUUGUAUGCAUGAAACUGUUGUUCCUGAGAAAGUUAGCACAUGACUCGUCACAUCUGUUCGUUGGUUUGAUUUAGUUUCAUACUUAAUUCUUUGGUAAGUCCCCCGUUCCUUUACGGUGCUCUGCUUUAGGGAUGUGUCAGGGACUGUGGUUACUCUGACAUCAUUCUUCUCAGCUGCACAUGUAUGCUUCGCUCAAAAGUUAAGAAAUAAUUAAAUUCUAAUUGACACAAACUGCGUGUUACUUUUGAACUGUCCACUGACCUGUCUGGGAGGUUGCGAAAAUGCUGCAGUGUCUUAGCUUCAGUUUUCAAAACAAAAAAUCAUGAAAGCAUUCAUUUUGACCUCUAAUUUUGUUGAAUGUGUGAAUACUGACAACCUUAGCUUUGAUUUAUUUUAUUAAACCCCUUUUUACCAGGGGUCAAGGGACAUGAAUUGCUGUCAUUGUUACUCUUCAUUUUUGUAUUUGGACACACAGGUUAAGGUCUAUGACCUGAUGCACUAUGAACACGGGGCUGAUGACGUUCUGGUGAUGGGAACCGACGGGCUCUGGGACGUCCUCUCGAACCAGGAAGUAGCCGAAGCCGUCACCACGUUUCUAGCCAACUGCGAUCCCGAUGACCUUCACAGGUCUGCUGCUUUUUGUCUUCCACUUUCUACAUUUCUAAAAUUUACCUGCAGUUUCUCCUGGUCCACACCUCAAGGGUGGAUAUGCUGUCUUUCUGUUAGUAUUAAUGUUUUGGGCUUUUUUUUUGCUUAUUUUAUUUUAUUUUUAAUGUUUUCCCACAAGUACAAAAUGAAGUUCAGUGUAUUUUCAUACUAUUUUGAAACAGAAUAGAGUAUAAAAUACAGAGAGAAGGAAUCAUAAUUGAAAAAAUGGACACACAGUCUGAUGCUUCAUCUUGGCGUGAACAGCUGUUUCUAUCAUAUCUGACCCUCCAUUUUGUGUGUUAAAGGCCUGGAUUAUUUACUCCUGUUUCCAGGUACACCAUGGCAGCACAAGACCUGGUGAUGCGGGCCCGUGGUGUGCUGAGGGACAGAGGCUGGAGGAUCACCAACGAGCGCCUGGGCUCUGGAGAUGAUAUCUCAGUCUUCAUCAUUCCGCUGAUGUACGGAAACCGUCAGCCCUGAGGAGCCCAGCAGGGGGUCUUCCUUCUUAACAGACCUGUCGAGCACGUCGACUCUUUGAUGAGCAGGAUUCCUGAACUGCUCCUUCCUUUCUUUUUUCUGCUGUUUGUAUUUUUAUUUUCUACUUUGGACCAACAGUACACUACACUUUGGAUAUUUAGGAUCAUUGGUGUUUCAUGUCUCUAUAGAAGUUCACAGCUGGUCAGUCUGGUAACUGGACUAACUACAGAUAGCACUGCUUUUUGUAUCUCUGAAGCGUAGGAGUCCUUGUUUUGGCCGUCUGAAGUGAUAACGCAAAAUGUUGAACGUUGAUGACGGCAGUUUGACAGAAACAGGAUGCUGCCUGACCCUGAACUCCUGUGAAAGUUGAAUACUUUCUAAAGGUGAAGCAAACACUUCUUCAUGUCCUUCUUACCUCUCUUUCAGUGCUGAGCUAAACUCUACCCUCCUCUUCCCUCUCUUUGGUCAUACUCGUUUCUCUUUUACUGUACAGUGGACUCGUUUGUAAAAAGAAAUACCUCCUUCGUUUCGUAACCAUGGAACGAGCUGACAAGUCAGCUGUGUUUUCUGUUUUUGCCACAGUGUGGCUCUGAAGGAUUCCCCCUCUAAGGAGCUGCUACAGACCGAUUACAAAGAUGAGAUUUUGGCUUGGACCUCUAUUUCCCAUUCUGAGCAUCUUGUAGUCAUUUUCGGGGCUUCCUUCAGUAAGAGCCAAGAGAAUUUGAGAUGACUGAUCACCCCAAAAUUUUGGGGAGGUUAUGCUGUUAUACAGAGUUUUCAUUUUACCCCCUAAGUGUAGAGCUGAUGGACACAGAGAGGAAGGAGUCGGGAGCUCACAGUAGCAAGGUGGUCCAAAUGUUGUGUGAAAUGAAAACUUCAGAACCUGCUUGUGUCACUAAUUUGUGCCACAAAGGUGUUAUUUUAUCAUUUUCAGUCCCUUAAAAGGACAACUGCUUCCUGCCAGUGGUCAAUCAAAUAUCCAACUUUAGAAGUACAGAGGUUUCUAGAUCACAGACUGAUUUCUUACUGAGUGUGAACCAAAUCUGUGUUUGAAGUAGCUUUAGUCCUGAGACUGUUAGCCUGUCUCAGAAAAGAAGCAGACAGAGUGAUAAGUGAUAGACGGAUUUCUGAAGUUUCUGAUUUAAUGUUGUAGAUAAUCUGUCAGAUGUCUGCAGAAACCUCAGACUUGUGAUCUUAUGAGCUCAAUCAAAACCCCCAACCAGGCGUUUUUGAUGAUUUCACACUUUGUUUCUGUGGUUACCUUUUUUUAUGGAGUUUUGUUGUCUCACAAAAACAAGUGUUACAUCUUAGCUCGCAAGGUUUGUGAACACUGGUCAGUGGGAUUGUUUUCUAGCUGUAGACAGAGUAAGUCUACCUUUUUCUUUUUACUACUUCCAGCCCUGAGGCUAAGCCAAGCUAAAAGUCUCAUGGCUAAAGCCUACUACCUCUGUACAGUCAUCAUAAUAGUGUGAAUCUUCUCAAUCAGAUCCAGCCAAGACAUUGAAUUAAAUAGUUAAUGUUAAAGAACAUUAAGCAUGUGAAGUUGUAAAUUUAGACGACUGAAAUUUCUCUUAAAGUUUCUUCUAAAGUUUGGAAAUCUCUCCAUUUUUCUUCAUUUCUCAGCGAAAAUGAAACUCAGGAGACUAAAUCUUAGCUAAUGUGACCUUUGCCUCAGAGUACGUACUCACACUUUAGGCUGACAGACGGCGUUAAUCAACGAAUCAUGAUAUGAGAAGACAAAGAGGCAAACAAUUUCUGCAGCAGGGACAUAUGAGUACUUUUAAAAAAUCAUGAAACACAUACAAUCAAAGCCAGGAUGAACUAAAGUUUGACAACGAAAAGAGGAUUCACUCCUCUUUUAUUUUUAACCAUAAUGUGUUUAUUGCAUAAGCUUGAGAUGCCUGAUCACACUCAUCUUCAGAGGGAGAGGUUUGGGAGUGACAGUGGGCUAUGAGUGGGAAUCCGGGAAUCUAAGAUAGGUGCAAUGGUUUAUAACUGCUGUUUGUUUUUAUGGACUGAAUUUGUAAUCGUAUAAUCAACAAGUUAGCAACUACUGGUAUUUAUUGGUGUAUGUGCAGACGUCAAUCGCGGCUUUAGAAAGGGUUGUUUUUGUUGUUUUUUUGUUUCUUUAAUAAUAGCAUCCCAGAAAUUUAGCAUAGGAGCAAAGGGUAGAGUCACAGUGAAGGAAGGGAACUAGCUGACACUGAAUGCAUGGAGAAAGACUGCAGACCAGAUCUUCACAGGCUGCAUUUUUUUUUCUCUUUUUUUUCUCUGCCUGUUUUUUUUUUUUUUUAAGGAAGAGCAACAAUGAAGAGUUCAGUUGUGUGCAAAAAGCACUAGAGCCAUAGAAACGGGUGCGCAAAUGUACUUUUUUUUUCACCCUCUCCCACAUUAUUAUUCUGCAUUCAUCCAGGCUGCCCUCCUCAGUCAGAUACAUUUGGUUAAGAGGCAUGAGAUGGGAGUCUGGGGGAGGAGGAUCAAUGAAGAAGUACAUCAUUUUUUACUAUUUGGAUACUUAGCUGAGAAAAGAACAAUGGAAAGCAUCAACUAAAAAACAAGCUGCAUGUUUAAGACCCUGACUGACAAUAACAGCUUCAGUUUUUUUGACCUUUUAAAAGCUUGCUCGAGGAUCUGGAGGUUUGGAUGUCUUGUUAAAUUAACUCUGGAGUAUAAGGUUUGAACAUGUUUCCAGUUUAAUAACACAGAGCGUAAAAGUGAUGCACUGAAUCCAAAGAGGUCCAUAUGGGAUGAUGUGGUGCUAGGAUGAGGAAGCCAUGUUGAAGGAAUGGUUACAGCAUAGGUGGACAUACACUUAUUUUCUCUCUGACGCAGAUAUGCAAGUUUGAAGUUACACGUGAAGGUACAGCUCGCAGCUUGGAGCCAGUUAGCAAUAGCUUCAGAGGCUAAGUAGCUAAAAAAUAGUGAAACAAAUAUCCACCUGCUAGCACUGUUAGAGCCAGCUAUAUAACACUUUUGAUACUUUUUUAGAUUCUUUUAUGGUUAUCUACAGCUCAAAUUGACAGUUCUCUGUUUUAUGCGGGAUACAGCUGAAACAUACACUGGAAUAAUAGCCAAUUGAAUUUUAUACAUUUUGAUAGCCAUGGUUUAAGGGUAUUAGUAGGUGGAUUUUAUCACUAUAAGACUAGCUAACUACAUUAGCUAACUAUAGCUUUAUAUUAGACAGUCAAACAGGGAUCAAUCUGCUCGUCUUACCCACAGCUGGAACGCAAAUAAGUGCAUUUCCUAAAAUGUUGAACUGUUCCUUUACAUGAAGGAUAUGUGCCAAUGUGUCACAUGGACUAUGUAUUAUCAUAACUUGGACUUUUUUGCAGUUGACAGUCUUAUACAUUCCUUCAAGCAGCGGUCAUUUACAUUUACAGCUGCCUGGAGUUCAUAUGGUGCAUUUUUCCAUUAAGAACAUGUUUGAUUUCAAAUAUGUUUUGUUACACAUUUUAUCAUCUGUGUUACUUGUUUAAGUGCAUCUGUAUACCGUCAAAGAAGAUGGCAGGUACCAGAUUUUCAAGAACACGUGUAUUUUAUUUAUUGAAUGUCUUUUUUUCUGUUUUCCUAAAACUGUUCUUUACUCUCUUCAACAUUGUUGUAGCAUGUGCUUCAGAAUCACAGAGCGGCUAUCAGACUACUAUCAGACUUCAUUUAUCAGAGAGAGAGUGAAUGUUUUGAACUGAGUACAUGUGAAGACAAUGCCUGAAGGGGUCAUAUUUGUUGAAUGUUCAUCCUUAUAUCUGUUAUUAAGCCUUUUUCUUCGUAGAUGAAUGUCAAAGAUCGAGAACAUUAUUUAUUUUUGUCAUCCUGCUGUGCCACCAGACUGCUGCGCAUAAACUCAGGUUUAGCUAUCAUGUGUAGUUGAAGAGGAUGAGCUGCACUGACUGACUUUUUUCAAGAAGGGAGAAAAGGUACCACAUGUGUAAAUAGAUGGAAGUUUGGUAUGUUUGGGAAGCUCCUAGACUUUGAAGUUGACCUUGUCCCUUUGACCCAACCUUUCUGAAGAUGCUGUUUUGUGAAAGUAGUCACUGCUGUAGUUUUCUACCUUAGACUGAAAGGUUUGAUGUGGGGAAACGCAGGGAGCUUGAAGGUCUUUUUCUGUAGCAGAGAGGAAGUUUGAAGCUCAGUGGGAAUCCAUUUUUUAAGAGACCAUUGUGCUACCCUCAACCUCUCCACUUGUGAAUGUGAAAUGUACAUUUUGUAUAACGAAAAAGAAAACUUAUGAAGUCAAAAAAGAAUUAUUUUUAAUGUUUCCUUGUGCAACUCUGACUUUGGGGGAGGAAGUAUAAUGUUUACCUUCAGUGUUUCUUUUUCAAAAGUGAUAAGAAAAAUAAAUGUUUCAAGUCAAUGUAAAAGUAAAAA